UUAAAUUUAAAUCUUUACACGUAUAUGUUAUUGUAUGCACGCAUCCUUUUAAUUUGGAAUCGGGGUGUCACAUUUUAUUGGCCAUUUGCAAAACUCAUUUGACAACUCAAAAUUUAACUACUGCAAACCUUGGACAAUUCCAAAAACGACAUUGUUCAUCAACCACACACUGAAAAUAGCAAAACUGAAAACCAUUUUUUUUAGUACAAGAAUUGAGACACCACUGUUUUUCCAUGUCCGAACCAGCCGCAAGAACUAGAGGAAGAGAAUUUAGCUUGACUCAAUCUCCUAUUUUCUUCUCCCUUAUAACCCUUUCAUCUCUAAACUUCAUAGAGUUUCACUCAGAACUCGCUCCCCUCUCUCUCCUUGCCGCGUCGUCCCCGCGCGGCAAAACCCCCUCUGUUUUCCUCUGCCUCUGCCUCUCAUCAUCAACCACCAAAAAAGGAAAGAAAAAAAAAAGAAAAGGUUAAAAAAAAAAAGAAAAGUAGGCAUGAAAAUGCCAUGGAUGAAUCUCUUAUAUCUUGCAUUUCUCUUUAUCCCGUUAAGAAUUCAGCUUUGUUAUGGCCAAGAUCUUGCCGCUGACUAUGACGAUGAUGAGCCGGCCCCGGCACCGCCACCGGGCCAAGACAAUUGUAAUGGUGUAUUCUUGAGCUAUGCUUUCACGUCAAGGACUAAAGAAUUACCACACGUAAAAAACGUUACAGCUCAAUCCUGGGCGUUUAACUCCAUAGCCACCAUAAUCAAUUCUGGGACGGAAGAGGUAAAAGAAUGGAAGAUGUUUGUUGGGUUUCAACAUAGAGAGAUAUUGGUGUCUGCGAGCAACGCCAUCGUCGUUGACGGUAGCGGGGAUUUUCCUGUGGCGGUUGGGAAUGGAACAACCAUAGCGGGGUACCCCAUGACGGAUCUCAAGACCUCCAUUGAUACCGCUGGAGAUUAUAACCAGAUUGCGGUUCAGGUUCAGUUCACGGGUACCAUGUUUGGGUUGAAAGAGAAAGUUAUUCCAAUGCCGAAGACAAUCAAGCUGGCUAACGAUGGCUGGGACUGCCCUAAGCCUACUAAGUAUCCUACCUACAUGCAUGUAUGUUGCAAGAAGAAUCCGAAAUUAAAGGCCAAGUCUCCCAAGGGCAAGUACUUGCCUAGGCAAUAUGGAGACCUCAACUUCAUGUAUGAUGUUCUAAAAUCAUAUGAAGGUAGCUAUGAGGCACAAGUAACCAUGGACAACAACAACCCCUUAGGCCGCCUUGAUCAUUGGAACUUGACUUGGGAAUGGAUGAGGGGAGAGUUCAUUUACUCCAUGAGAGGAGCCUACACUCACAGAAUCGAUUUCUCCGAUUGCAUUUUAGGCUUACCUGGGCAUUUCCUCAAGGAUUUGGAUUUUACUCAAGUCAUGAAUUGCCAAAAAAAGCCUGUGAUUGCUGAUUUGCCAGCUGAUAGAGCAAAUGAUAGCAAUAUUGGUAAGAUCCCUUAUUGUUGUAGAAAUGGAACUCUGUUGCCACCAUUGAUGGAUGAAAGCAAAGCAAGAUCAAUUUUUCAAUUAAGGGUCUAUAAAUUGCCCCCUGAUACAGCUAAAACUGUUUUGUAUCCACCACAAAGAUGGAAUGUUACUGGGGCACUCAAUCCUCAGUACAAAUGUGGGGCUCCAAUUAGAGUAGAUCCAACAGAAUUUCCUGAGCCAAGUGGGCUCCAGGCUACAACAAGUGCUAUUGCAAGUUGGCAAGUUGUUUGCAACAUUACCAAACCAGAGAAGAAGAAAACUAAGUGCUGUGUUUCUUUCUCAGCUUUCUACAAUGAUUCUGCUAUUCCAUGCAGUACCUGUGCUUGUGGCUGUGAUGAUAUUGAUACAGAUACUUGCAACCCAAAUGGGCGUUCAAUGCUUCUUCCAGCAGAUGCUCUUCUUGUUCCUUUUGAAAACAGGACAGCUAAAGCUAAAGCCUUCGCCCAUCUCAAACACAGGACUGUUCCAAAAAAGUUGCCUUGCCCUGACAAUUGUGGAGUUAGUAUAAAUUGGCAUAUUAACUCUGAUUACAAGACUGGAUGGACAGCUCGGGUCACCCUGUUUAACUGGGGAGAUUCUCCUUUUGAGGAUUGGUUCACUGCUGUUGAAAUGAAAAAGGCUUUCCCUGGCUAUGAAAAUGUGUAUUCCUUCAAUGGAACAAAGCUGAAAUCCCCUAAGAAUACCCUUUUCUUCCAGGGUUUGCCAGGUUUGAAUUACUUGGUGGCAGAGACAAAUGGGACUAGAGUACAUGAUCCUAGAGUUCCUGGAAAGCAACAAUCUGUUAUUUCAUUCACAAAGAAACAGACACCAGGAAUAAACGUUCGACGUGGCGAUGGAUUCCCUUCAAAGGUGUUCUUCAAUGGUGAAGAAUGUGCACUUCCUGAUGAUUUUCCAAGGAAUGCAGCAGGGCACUGCUCUCGAGUUUCCUUCAUGGCUGCUAUCUUCAUAUCUAUCAUGACUUUUUGGCUGAUAACAGACCGUUUCCAUUGAUGAUCAUUGGGUUCCUUUUUUUUUUGCUUGUAGUGUAUUAGCUUUGGUAAGCUUUUUUCUUUUCUGCUGCUAUGAUUUAAAGUCAACAUUUUGAACAAACCCAUCAUCAAUCAUUUUAUAACUAGCAAUUCGAUUUGAUAUGUUGUCUUAGGGAAAAGAAAUAAUGCUGAUGGAUUGGACAUGGGUGGAUAUAUAGAGGAUGGAGAGCAAUGUGCAACUACAAAUUGAAGGCUUGUUCUGCUAUGAUAUUUUAUCAUCAAGAAGGGCAGAUGAGAAGAUUGUAACAACUGUGAAAACAUAAUUUUUAUGAUAAUUAUUUAUUGCCUGACAAGGGUUUCCAAUGUAAUAUUUUGGACAACCUUCUUUUUGCUUUCUUGUGUAUGUAUUUUACUGCAAAAGAGACAUAGGAUUAAGGUUUUAGAUUUUUAUGAAAAGGACAAAUUAGAACUUCCAUAUGUCUUGUUUUUUAAGACUGUUUAAGAAGGCUAAUGAACAAGCCAAUGAAAGGGGUGAUAAUAAAUUAAGAAAUUUCAUUGAUGUACACAAAAAAAGUGAUCUUAUAUUCACAGUUCAUCGCCAUGAUAUUGACCAUGGUGAUUUUUGACUA